AUGUUGUCUGGUGCUCAUUUUGCUGUUCGGGAAAUAUUCGAUCGCAUUGCCAAGGAACGACGAGACACAAGAAUUUCACACCAUCAUGAUCGACCUGAAAGAAGUACUUUCAAUCAUGAACAAGCGAGUGAUAGAGAAAAUAUUUCCAAUAUUGAAUCUCAUGAUGCAUCAUUAUCACUGUUAUUAGAGACUAACGAAACAACACCUCCGAUAGUAUCCAAGAAAAGAAAGAAAUUAUCAUCUUCAUCUCUCGUGCUUGCUCAUUAUGAUGAGUAUAAAAGACUCAAUAGACACAUGAUUCAAAAAGUAUUACUUGAAAAUUUGAAAUUUAAAAAUCAAGUGAUUUAUAAGCCUUUAUUGGAAUCUCUUGAUCAAUUAAUGAAUUAUUUAAAUUAUCAUUUAAAUGAUGAGCAUAUUAAAUAUAAGAAUAUUACUAAUGUCAUUGAAGAAAUGAAAAAACAAUGUAUUGAAGACUAUCAAUCCAUCGUGAGCAAUCGUUACGGAAAUGUUUAUGCAAUCUCAAGCAUGAUUGAAAAUAUCGAGUCUUUGGAAUGUCAAUCAGAUUUACAAGUUUACCAAAAGAUGAAAUUGUCAUGUGCUUCAAUGUCUUGUUCAUCACACGACGACGUUCCUUCACUGGAAGAAUUUCGAAUGGAUUCUAUUUUACAAGUAUUAGAAUAUCAUCAAUGUAUUUUUAAUGAACCAAUUAUUCUCUAUAACGAUUCACAAUUAUACAAGUAUUUAAACCUAUCGAUUCAUUAUGGAAAUUUAUAUGAAAAUGUAAAAUAUAUUCAACAACCUUCUGCACUGAAUGAGUCAUUCACAUCUCAAAGUGUCACUCGUUCUGUAACCAAUAUACAACACAAAAUUAUUCAUUUCAUAUUGUGUCGGCACUGUAAAACUAUUUACAACAAGUUUCAAAAAUACAAAUCUCUAAAAAUUCAAAUUCUCUAUUCCUAUAUCUCAAAUUUACAAAACAAGUAUUCCAAACAUUUGCACAUGAAAAGAUCAUUCAAUGUCUCUAUGAAGUCCUAUAUUCAAUACUUGAUGGAUUGUACCACACAUUUCAUAAAAUAUGGACAUUUGAAAACAUUGAGUCAAAAGUUUCAAAAAGUCAUCCCCAAGUUCAUCCAACAUGUAUUAACACGGAAUACUCUUAAUUUUAAACAAUGUCAUGACAAGAUAUCAUGUCCCAUUCAUUAUGAGUUAUUGAUUCGAAAUAUUUCAUCGCAAUCAUACCAUCCAGAAUAUUCCUCUGUUGGUGUUGAGAGGAAUUUGCAAAUAUUCCUAACAACCCUUGUUUCUCCCAUGCAAAUUCACAAGUAUAUUGAAACUAAUUCCAUGUUCUAUAUCACCAAUGACAUGAACACUUUCUUUGAAACGUAUGCUUGGACAGAACUUGAAUCUCGUGGUGAAAUUCAAAUUUCCAAGCUCUAUGAAUACUUGACGUACAAAUAUGGAUAUUACAACAACGAUUGGAUCCUGGACAAGUAUCAUGAAAUGAUUCACGAUCAAUUGAAUCCAUACAUUCAAAAUAGAAUACACAACACCAUACUCUCCACGCAAAUGAACCUAUUCAAACGUGAGUUUCCCUAUUUACCCUUACUAUUCCGUGGAGCAUUUCCCACAUUCACGAUCAAUGAAAUUUCAGUGAAUGAUCCAAACUGCAAGGAGCUCUUAGAAAUUCUGAGACAAUACAUUCUACAAAGAACCAUUCUUGCUGGUGUUGAAUGA